AUGGCCAGCACAACUAACGUGACCGAGUUCAUCAUCACCGGGCUCUUCCAGGACGCACAGGUGCAGAGAGCGUGCUUCGUGCUCUUCCUUCCCGUGUACCUCGCCACACUGGUGGGCAAUGGCCUCAUCGUCCUGACGGUCAGUGGCAGUGGCAGCCUGCGCUCUCCCAUGUACUUCUUCCUGGGCUACCUGUCCCUGGUGGAGAUCUGCUACUCCUCCACUGUGGUCCCCAAGUUCAUUGCAGAUCUACUCGCCAAGAUGAAAACCAUCUCCUUCAAGGGCUGUCUGGCUCAGAUCUUCUUCUUCCACUUCUUUGGGGUUGCUGAGAUCCUCCUGCUAGUGGUGAUGGCCUAUGACCGCUAUGUGGCCAUCUGCAGGCCACUUCACUAUACGACCACAAUGAGUCGCCAACUCUGUCAUGGCCUAGUGACUUGCUCCUGGCUUGGAGGCUUUUUUCAUUCCAUAAUUCAGAUUCUCAUCACCAUCCCUUUGCCCUUCUGUGGUCCCAAUGUGAUUGACCACUACUUCUGUGACCUCCAGCCAUUGUUCAAGCUAGCCUGCACUGACACCUAUGGGGAAGGUGUCACUGUAUUGGCCAACAGUGGAUUGAUUGCUCUCUGCUCCUUCCUCAUCCUGCUGUCCUCCUAUGUUGUCAUCCUGGUCAACUUGAGGAACCAUUCUGCAGAGGGCAGGCGCAAAGCCUUGUCCACCUGUGCCUCUCACAUCACUGUGGUCCUCUUGUUUUUUGGACCUGCCAUUUUCCUUUACUUGCGUCCCUCCUCCACCUAUAUGGAAGACAAGCUGGUGGCUGUGUUCUACACGGUCAUCACCCCCAUGCUGAACCCCAUCAUCUACACACUCAGAAAUGCAGAAGUGAAAAUUGCUAUGAGGAAAUUGUGGAACACAGGGAAGCCAGGGAUGGGGUGA